CUCGUGUCAGUUGCUAAUCCCAAAAUCUAGCAAAGACUCGGUCCGUGGUCACAAAAAUGCUAGAGCCAUCAGAAGAUCUAGAGAACACACACACUAUUAGCAAGAAAAUGGUUCACAAGCCCGAGGAGGUACACCUACAAUCCCUGCAGCACGUUCGCGUGCUCACAACUGAACUUCACGCCCACACACUACAAUUCGACUAUAGCAGCAGCAUCACCCCCCUUGUCCCGCAUUUUACCGAAAUGAAUGCGGUACGAGUCGUCCUUGGCGGAUACGGCGGAACCCCUAGCGGAGACCCGAAGGAGCGGCUGAGGGCGACCGAGUGGCUUCACAGCUUCCAGAGGAGAGACGACGCCUGGAGCGCAUGCGUGGCAGGUGGGCGGGUGGUAACGAAACGGAAGCCGCCGAAUUCUUCGUGGGACGGGAAGGGGCGAAAGGGAAAGGAUAGAUUUCUUAAUUUUUCUUUUGUUUCCUUUCCGCUACGGUGGGAAACAGAGAGCUUGUAG